UAUAAGACGAGUAUCAAUCCAAAAUGUUGGUGCCAGUCAUAGCAUCGGAAUGGUUCUAGUGAAACUGAUUGGUAAGGGAAUAAUGCCUCCAGCACAGAACAUACACAGCCCUUCUGGGAGAAGAGACACGCCCACCUUAAUAAAGACUGGACCCACUCUCUUCCAAUCCAGACAAAAGGAGAGGACGACAGAUCCGCGGCGGCGCGCACUGACUCGAGCAUCUAAGCACCUUGGAGACGCCACCGGUUAGAUCCGACGCGCAAGAACGCACCGGCACACCGACUCACACGCCCUCCGCGUCCACCUGAAGCCUCCGCGCCGGUUAAUUGUCCCAUUUGAGGGCGAAGCAAAGGGAGUCUGAGCCCCGGUUCAAUCGCAGCCAGAACACCGUGUUCCCAUGAUGUCAUACCUGUGGAUUCUGCUGUUAGGAAGCCUGCUGGCUGCAAGCGCCAAGGCACAAGAAGAAGUAGCCCCGACAGAGGCGCCAGCGGCCCCUGAGACCGAGGCCCCCGAAGCAGCCGCCGCGCCAGAGGACAACGCAGCCCCCGCCUCCGAGGAGGAACACACAGCUGAGGAAGAACAUCCCACGGCGAGUGAUCCUGAGCCUGCUGGUGACGAAAAAGCUGCAGAGAGUGCAGAAGCAACUCCGGCGCCUGAAGCUCCAGAAGCAGUGACUCCUGCAGCUGCCGAAGAAGAAGCAGCAGCAACUCCUGCGGCUGCCGACGAAGAAACAGCAGCUCCUGCACACGACGAGGCAGAGCCAACAGCUCCUGCACAGGAAGAUGCAGAAGAAGCAACUCCUGCAGCCGAAGAUGCAGCAGCUGCGACUCCUGCUGCAGCAGUAGACGUGGAGGAGGAGGCAGCAGCUGCAACAGAAGCACCUGCAGCCGAGCCAGAGGCUCCAAAGGCUGAGGAGCCAACAGAAAAAGUAGAAGAGGCACCCACUGCUGCACCAGCUGCUCCAGAGGAGGCUGGACCUGAGGCCACUACAGCAGGGGCUCCAGUAGCAGAUGUAGCAGAUAAUGAGGAAAAACCAACCGAUCCAGCUGCUGAUGCUCCACCAACAGAAGCAGCUAACCCUCAUAUAGUACCUGUCCCUGAAAUUAAAGCAGAAGCUGCUCCUGAAGUAAAAGCAGAGUUUGACCUGUCAGAUGCUCUGGGACCAGAGAAACCAGCCAACCCAGGACAGAGCCGUGGCACUUUUGAUUCUGGACCAAAAGCUGCUGGCGCUACAGGAGAUGCAGACCAACCUGAAACCAAAGAGGCAGCCUCCAGCCCCGUAGCAGGCAUCCUGAUUGCAAUCGGUGUGGCUGUCGUGGGAGCAAUCGUCGGAUACUUCGUCUAUCAGAAGAAGAAAUUGUGCUUCAGUAAUAGACAGGAAGCAGAUCCAGAAGCUGCACGCAAAGCUGAUACAGCAGAGGCUCAGUCAGAUCCCCAGGUCCUUAGCAACCUGCUGAACUCGUCCUAGACCAGCAACCAUCACAUGACUGCCUGGACCAACUACUGGCAAGAAAAGUGGCAAUCUCACUGUUAGGCUCUAUUUUCUGUAGAGCUGAAUUACUGUGAGGCCCCAGAGUAGGGCUGUGUGUGUGUGUGUGUGUGUGUGUGUGUGUGUGUGUAACUGUCUGUUUGAUAGUGUGUGUAUGUUGGUCUGUG